ACAUUGAAUAAGGCUUUUUCUCUCGUAGCUGUUGGACGCACUGGAAUUUUCAGUUCCGCUUUGCCCCAGACUUUAAAGCAGGUAUGGCAUCGGAAUUCACUACUGAUCUUUGGAGUCGACGGAGCCGUCCGAUUGGUUCAGACAUCUCCAAAAUUCUUAGUAAUACAGGAAGCUUGUAUGCAUUCGGAUGAUGGAAGGGGCGUGGUCGAUGCUGAGGUAAGCUACGAUGGACUGUUCCUCCUCACUUGUGGCUUUGAUGGUCUUCUGGCUGCCAGCUCUUUAAAGUGA